UUGUGUGUGUGUUGGUCCCAACGGUGCACGUCGUGUUUCCUUCCACAGUCUCAGCGUGAUGAGACGUGCUAGUUAACGGUUUUUUUUUUUGGUUUUUUAAUUAUUCGCUAUGAAAAGUUUUGCAUUUUAACCCGCUUUUUUAAACAUUGUAUCAAUGCCGUUUUGUCCAACAUUCCGCUCCAGAGACGCAGCACCAUCUGCAGGGCGAGAGGGAGGAAAAAAGGCGACUUGGUCGGCGGUGAAGAGUGUCCGCCUCCCCUCCAUGAAGCGCGGCGAUGCCCUCUGAUUUUGUGUCCCUCCUCAGCUCCGACCUCGACCUCAAUUCACCAAAGUCUCUCUACUCUAAAGAGUCUGUAUAUGACCUCCUCCCCAAAGAGCUCCAGCUCCAGCAGUCGUCCGCCCAGACCGACCCAGCCGCCAUGAGCCAGAAGAGCGGGGGAGAGGCGGGGCCUCCUCCCUCGGCAGCCUUGGCUUCAGAUGCCUCAUCUUCCACCUCCAGCCCCUCCGCCUCCUUGGCCAUGGGAGCCCCACCAUGCUCUGGCAUCAUAUCCACUGGCCCCGCAUCUUUGACCUCAGACCACCAUAAGGCCCCCCAGCAUCUUCACUCUACUGGAGGGGAUGGAGCUAUAGCUUCAGAAGUCCUAGUCAUGGAAGGAGCAGUGUCUGCUACUAGUAGGAGCAACAGUGGAGCAAGCGCUGCAUCAGGAGAUGCUGGGUCAGCGGUCUUGUCAGGGCUAGGAGUUCAGCAGCCUCAGAACACCCCAUCAAAGCGGAGGCCUGUAUUAAGCAUAUCCCCGCCACCUGAGGACCUGUUUGAUGAUAGUCAGAUGUCCUGCCUAGAAGAGCCCCCGGUAGCUGGAGUGCCAGGCCCAGACUCUGAGCAAAGCCAAAACAGCAUGUGGGCUGAUGACUCCGUCUCCAACUUUAGCUUAGCCAGCUCCUUCUCCUACAACGACAACACGGAGGUGCCACGCAAGUCGAGAAAACGAACCCCUCGCCAACGUCCUGGCCCCAAGGCUGCUCCCCCUGAGGACAGCAUGGAUGUGUUUGAUGCCGACAGUGCCAAGGCACCUCACUUUGUCCUUUCCCAACUGGGCCCAGACAAGACCAGUCCCAUGACCGGCUCUCUUGAGUCAGGCACGGCAGUGAAGGGUGGUUCGCUAUUUACCCAGUACCCCCCAAGAAGCAAUGGGAAAGAAUUACAUAUCCUGGUGCAACCUGAAACCCAGCACAGAGCUCGCUAUCUGACCGAGGGCAGCCGAGGUUCUGUCAAAGACCGCACGCAGCAGGGAUUCCCCACCAUCAAGUUGGAGGGUGUUAGCGAGGCGGUUGUGCUGCAGGUGUUUGUGGCAAACGACGCAGGCAAAGUGAAGCCGCAUGGUUUCUACCAGGCCUGUAAAGUGACCGGCCGCAACACCACCGCCUGCACAGAAGUGGACAUUGAGGGCACCACUGUUAUUGAGAUCUCUCUGGAGCCCAGCAAUGACAUGAAACUUGCAGUGGACUGUGUUGGAAUUUUAAAGCUACGCAAUGCUGAUGUGGAGGCACGUAUCGGUGUAGCAGGAUCUAAAAAGAAGAGCACCCGUGCUCGGCUGGCCUUUAGAGUCAACAUCCCUCAGACCGACGGAUCCAUCCUUACGCUACAAGUCCCCUCGUCGCCCAUUCUGUGCACCCAGCCAGCAGGAGUGCCAGAGAUCCUAAAAAAGAGUCUUCACUGCUGCUCUGCGAGAGGAGGAGAGGAAGUUUUUAUUAUCGGAAAGAACUUUCUCAAAGGAACCAAAGUCAUUUUUCAGGAGAACAUUGGAGAUGAUAGUUCCUGGCGAGCUGAGGCCAAGAUAGACAUGGACCUCUUUCAUCAGAAUCAUCUGAUUGUGACAGCCCCUCCAUUCCAUGACCAGUCAAUAACUGCCCCCGUUUCUGUGGGAAUAUUUGUGAUGACCAAUGCUGGUAAAUCACAUGAAGCCCAAACAUUCACCUAUACUCCGGACUCAGCCGAUGACGCAGACAACCGAACUGUAAAGACAGAGGCUACUUCCUUUACAACAUGUAUAUUUAAUAGUCCGAUCAAAUCUGGUUCUGACCAAACGGAAUGCUCUGGUCAGCCGACCAAACGAGAAGAGGACACACCAAUGGAAGUUUCUAGCAAUCAACCGUCCUCAAAUGUCUUCAAGCAAUCUGCUGAUCCAAUUGUCACAGUGCAGCAGACACUGGAACUCAGCUCCAGCCCUAAUUCAGUUGGGGAGUCUUUUCAGAGCUCAAUCCCCCUUCAACCUGAAGACGUGGAGCUUCCCCAAGCGCCCCCUGUGUUCCCCACCCUCGAGUCUCUCAACUCCAUACAAAAGCAAGACAUUGCCCCAGCCACGUCCUUCCCAAUGUCAGGAGAUCCAACAAUCCCUCCUGUGACACCAGAAGUUCCCCAGCAGUUCCUCAGAGACCCUCAGGAAAGCCUGCCUCCUGAACAUUCUAACAGUGGUGGGGUUGUUGUUGUAGCUAUGCCCCAAAUAGCUGCACCCUCUCAGCCCCAGUCCCAGCAGUCACAGGUUUCUUUAUAUGCCCAGGAAGGAGUUGCCCAGCUGGAGAGGGCUGUAAGAGAGCUCCAGGCCGGCAGUAAUACCACACUCCAGCAGGUUUUAGAGGCAGCUGUAGUACAGCAGCAGCUAAACUCUGUGCUUUAUAGCUCCACGCCCUCUGCUGAAUCCCUUCAACAGCAUGUCCAAGAAAACAUGAACAGCCUUCGGUUGGGAACUACAGAUAAUUCACUGUCGCAACAGCUGCAGAUGCAGCAGCAGCAGCAGCAACAGCAGAUUCAACAGUUUCAACAACACCAACAACAAAUGCAACAGCAGCAAUUUCUUGGUAAUCUUCAACAACACCAUCUGCAGCAGCAGCAACAAGUCAUCGGAAACAUGCAGAUCCAACAACAACUUAUACUACAGCCGCAAGACCAACAACAACAACAACUACAGCAGCAACAGAUGCUGGAGAACAUUCAACAACAGCAACUGCAACAGAAUCAGCAACAAGUCAUGAAUAACAUCCAGCUCCAGGAUCAGCAACAAGUCAUGAAUAACAUCCAGCUCCAGGAUCAGCAACAACAAGUCAUGAAUAACAUCCAGCUCCAGGAUCAGCAACAACAAGUCAUGAAUAACAUCCAGCUCCAGGAUCAGCAACAACAAGUCAUGAAUAACAUCCAGCUCCAGGAUCAGCAACAAAAUCAAAUGCUGAGCAGUUUACAACAACAUCAACUACAGCAGCAACAAAGCCAGGCUUUGAGCAAUCUCCAACAGCAGCAGAUGCAGGAACAGCAAGUGUUAGAGAAUCUGCAACAGCAGCUGCAGGCCGAGUUGUUCCAACCACAGAUCCAUUCCUCCCCCCAGGUGCAGCAGCCGGUCUCCCUCCUCCAGCAAGCUGGUGAGAUGCUCACCAUCCAAACCAGCUUCCCUACCCAGCCCCCAUCUCAUACGUCCCCUCCACAGCAACUCUUCCAAUCCCCGAGGCCCAUAGCGGAGACACAGGGCUCCCAACAGCAGGUCCAAGCUGCCUUGCUCCAGAAUACACUCACGGUUUUAACCAGCGGCAGCCUCGGCCCAGAACAGCAGUACCUUUCCCCAAACCCUCAAUCCCAACAGCAGCAGCAGUUGACGUUCAUCUCCACCAUGGAGACGUCUUCUAGCCAGUCUCAGCCGGUUGCCAUGUUUCAAAACCAACCUCAAGCUUCGCUUUCUCAAAUGCAGCAACAGAGCACCCCCAUGGAACAACAACAAUCUCCACAACAAAAUCAACAGCAUUCACCGCAAAUCACGAUUGGGCAACAGGGAUCCUUGUUCCAAAGCAUACCCAACCACUCCCAACCUAACCCCAUUCCUCAGAGCCAGCUCUCCCAAGCACAGCAGACAGGUCUGCUCCUCUGCACAACUGAUCUAGACCCGCAGGCCAUUCCCCAAACGAUACUCUUCAGCACCCAGACCCAGGGUCCUUCCCAGAUGGGUAGCAUCACUGUUGAAAUUCCCCAGCAAGAGCCAGCAGAACCUAUGUCUUUCCAGGAUCAGACAGCCGCACAGAACCAACAGCGGGGCCUUUUCCAGGAACAGCAACCAAUGCAGGUGGGCUCAACUCGUGGUUCACAGGAGCUGAACAAUCAGGCGGCGCCACCGAGCACAACCAUCUUUGUGGUCCAAGGGGCUGUGGGCGUGGUGGACAACCCUGGCCAGCAGCCCCCAGAGCAGCUUUUCCAGACAAAUGUGGCUGACAACGUGGCACAGCGAGGACCAGCCAACCUGUUUGUGUUUGGCAUACAGAAUGACACUCCCCUACUCCUCAACUCCCCUGGAUCGACCCUUCCAGUUCCCAGCCAAGCCCAGAACUCGGGUCACAUCAUGGAACAGCCCAUGGCCCAGGGUGCAUCCCCGAUGGCGCCCAACAUGCACAGCAGCUUACAGGGCAGUCUUCAGGCACAAAUGCAAUCCAGUUUAGAAAGUGCAAUGCAGGACGCCAUGCAGACCAACGCCCAGGUGAGCCAACAGCAGGCCGCCGUCGACGCCGGCCUGGCGACUCCCAUGCAGACCAAUCUCCAGAUACGAAGCUGCUUACAGAAUACACUGCAGGGCUCCAUAUCGGCGACAUCCAACAUGGGCAAAAUCGAGGACCUACUGGAAAGCCUCCAGAAGCAGUGAGGAGGUGCGCAGACCACAUGGAGAGAAGGUGACAUGCACUCCUAACGUCAACAAGACAUUGGCGUUUGGUGCCAGAAAAAAAAAGUCUCUAUUUAAGAAUUAAAUGCCCCUUUGACCUAAAACCCCCAAAAUGAUGAGCUUAUGUAACUCAUUUUUAAUAACUAUUUAUGGUAAAUUAUAGCCUUUGUAUAUCCAUUGUCCUUGAAUUGACGAUCUGCCUUUUGUUAUUACCCUCUUGCAGGAUCAAAGAGGCCUGUAAUAACUGCUUUAUCCGUAAGUCUCGAAAAAGAUGCAGUGUUGUGUUUUCAAGAGUGUUUUACUAAAUGUCGGGCCCACCAGCGGGGCCAACCGACCAGGUUUUUCCCUGGAAGGAGAGAAACAGAAUGUCACUGACUGAAGCAAACUUGAUGUGUGCCGAGCGGGCGGUCAAACAGUUAGCCAUGGAUUCAACGUCCAACUGCAGAAAAAUGUCGGGCCGAAUCUCAUUUUUGGAGUGUGUAGAGAACUCUUUUGUGACUAUCGUGUGCAGCUUGUUUUUGUUCCGAAUUACUGAACUCCGCUAACAUUAAAGGCUCUUAUGUUGUGCACAUUUGACAGGAGGGCACUUUCAAGAUGGUUCGGAUCUAUCAAUCUCGAAUAUAUUUGUUAUUAUUGGUGUGCUUUCAAGUGUAACACUCCUGAAUGAGAUUGAACCUGCGUAAAUACUGUGACUUCUCUCUGUUUCCAUGCGUGCAGGCCUCCAAAUAACUAUGAAGUUUGUUGUACCUUUUUGUCUUUUGAAGGGAAACCUUUACCGAGUCAAUGUGGAUAGAAACUUUACACUCGUGAGUGUCGUGUGUGAUUUUAUAGACAUUUUAUCUCAAGCACUUUAUAACCUCUUCUGUGUAACCAGCUAAUCCAUCCGUCCUCACCUGCGUUUGUACACAGAAGCAUCCCUUAACGGCAGAGAGACGUAACACCAGAUGUGUUCUCUCUAUACACGGCAACCAACAAUUGUUGGGCUUCUCAUGCCAAAAGCCAGGCAACUUUCUAAGAAAACUUUGCUGACAGCUGAAUUGUUGUGUAAGCACCGAGGAGUUGAAGGGCCACACUGGAAAGAAAAACAAAACAUUACCGGGAGAAAGUUGCAAUUUGUAGGUGGGAAAGCACAGUAGAACAAUUACAAGACAAAAGCGAGACUACUGGAAUCCGGGAUGGGAUGAUAAACACAGGAAAGAAAAGGGAAAAAACCUCAAAAUAAUAAUUUUACAAGAACAAAUUUGGCGGAAGGGAGUCAUCAUUUUAUGAGAAUAAAUCUGUCAUAAUAGGACAAAAAUACCUAUAAAACAGAAUAAUUUUUUUUUUUUUUAAAUGCUGUUUUACCUUAUUCAAUUUGUAAUUAGCAAAAUAGUUAUUUUAUGACAAAGGGGAGUUAUAUGACGAGAAAGAACUUCUAAUGUUAACAAGGAUUAAAUUGUAAUAUUUGGGGAAACCUUUGCAAAUUUGGGUUAAAAAAAAAGUAGCAAUUAUAUUAUGUAUGU